AUGGAUUGGGCUAUGAACUCGAUCAAUCCGCUCUCCAGCCUGUCACUCUCCCUCUUCGCAGUCCUCCUCCUCCUCGGCCUACUCUUCCUCCGCCCCAAUCCCGCCGGCAAGACACCGCCGGGGCCCAGGGGCAUUCCCAUCCUCGGCAACCUCCUCCAGUUGGGUGACCUUCCCCACCAGUCCAUGCACCAUUGGCGGGGGCCCCACGGCCCCGUCCUUUGGGUCAAGCUCGGCUCAAUCGGGACCAUGGUCGUCCAGAGCUCGACGGCCGCCGCAGAGCUGUUCAAGAAGCACGACCUCGCCUUCGCAGACCGCAAGGUCCCCGACGUGAUCACCGCAUUCGACUUCAGCAGCGGGUCCCUCAGCAUGAGCCAGCUCGGGCCCUACUGGCGGGCCCUACGCCGCCUCUGCUCUGCGGAGUUCCUCGUCAGCAGGCGCGUGAACGAGACCGCCGGCCUCCGACACCGCCUCCGGGACGACAUGGAGCGGUGGAUCCUCGAGGAGUCUGCUGCAGGCCGGGCCCGUGGAGGGACGGGGGCCGUCCAGCUCAGCCGGUCCCUGUUCCUGAUGGCAUUCAACCUGAUGGGGAACAUGAUGCUGUCGAGGAACCUGCUGGAUGUCAAGGAUCCCGAGUCGAGGCAGUUCUUCGAUUGCGUGAACCGGGGCUUGGAGCUUGAGGGAACCCCCAACAUAGCCGACUACCUGCCGUGGCUCAAGUGGAUGGACCCAGCCGGGAUGAAGCGGGAGAUGAAACGGCAUAUGAGUGUCGUGAUGCGAAUAACGUCUAGGUUCAUCCAGGAGAGGCUGGACGAGCACAAGGCGGGGAAAGCCCGAGAGAGAAAGGAUUUUCUGGAUGUGCUGCUCGAGUACAAGGUGGACGGGAAGGACGGGCCCGAUAGGAUUACCGAGAAGAAUAUCAACAUUGUUCUCACAGAAAUGUUGUCUGCGGGAUCCGAGACCACAAGCAGCAGCAUCGAGUGGGGAUUAGCAGAGCUCCUGCGCAGCCCGCACACAUUCAAGAAGGUCCGGGAAGAGCUGGACCGGGUCGUGGGUGUGGACCGGCGGGUCGAGGAGAAGGACAUCGAGAACAUGCCUUACCUGCAAGCGGUCGUUAAGGAAGCCUUCCGUCUUCACCCAGCGGCGCCAUUGCUGCUCCCCAGGAAUACCAAAGAGGACACCAACUACAUGGGCUACCGUAUCCCCAAAGGCACCCAGGUGUUUGUCAAUGUGUGGGCCAUUGGGCGCGACCAGGAGGUCUGGCCCGACCCGCUCGAGUUCAGGCCCGAGAGGUUCCUCUGCUCCAACAUUGAGUACAAUGGGCAGCACUUUGAGUUGAUCCCAUUCGGGUCGGGCCGGAGGAUCUGCGUCGGGUACCAACUGGCCCGCCAGACGGUCCAGCUGGCAAUGGCAACCCUGGUUCAGUCAUUCGAUUGGGAUCUCGGGCCAGGCAUCAAGCCCGAGGACAUUGACAGGGAGGAACGGUUGGGGUUGACACUUAGGAAGAAGAAUCCACUGCUUGUGAUCCCGACUAAGCGCAUAAACUGUUGA